UUCCUAACCUUGCUGACUGGGCCUCAGAGAGAAUCCGUGUGACAGUGGGUAAUCUGCUGCUGGACCCCCCUCCCUCUGUCUCUGUCACGUUCUUGUCCCCUCGCCUCUCGCUGCAUAUUUCAGAGGCACGCCGGCACGUGAACACACAAGAGUGCACACACGCACGCACUGAUUAACAGGUGAGGCACUUCAGCCAAAGCAGGCGUACUUGACAUUUCCACCGUCUCAAAAACCCCAAAGAAGAUUUAUCUGAAUACCACUUCCAGACAAACGCAUGGCGGUCCACUUUGCUCAAAUGAUUCAUUUCCUCUGAUUUCUUAAGCUCAUGCUGACACCAGAAAUGGUGAUUAAUGAUUUCAUCAAUGUUUAAAAUAAAAAUAAUAACUGUUUUGGAAAGCAUCCUCUUGUAGAAAACUGAAAAAAAUAAGAAUACAACAGAAGGACACAGAAUGUCUUUAUGUGCUGCAGAAGCCUUUUGCUCUCUAAGUCAUUGUGACUCAGUGUGUGUUCCCUCAGCACCACAAUUCUCUUCUUGUCUGAUGACUCGAAGUGAUGCUCUUGUCAUAAUGCCAAAACCAUACGUUUUUCAACUUCUCACGUUAUUGCAUAAAUAUUUUUGUCUAAAAGCUACAAAAUAACCCCCAUCCACCUGUUUAUUUUUUUUUAAUUGCUAACCAGCAAUCCCCCCAUUGAUGCUGAGCUGUAGGCUCCCUCCAUCACCACCAGGGGCUUUCCACACCGCGUCGCUCCGACAGCUGCUUCAGUGUUUUUUUCUUUUUUUCUGCCUUGUGUGUCUCUGCGCUCAUUUGUGAACGGAGGAUGCACACGCGCCGCGCGCUGGAAGAGGAAGAGGACGAGGCGCACAGGACGACUGUCCCUCCGACUUUCAUUGCGCAGGGAGUCGCGUCGCUUUUGAUUCCAGGAGGAGCUGCAAGUUCUCCAGCUCAGCCGUUUUGCAACUUGCCUGGGCGAAGGGCGUCUGUUUCCACAAGAUUAGAGGAGACUGGAAAAUGAGUGAAGAGUGGGGCACAAUGGAACAGCCAGGGCACUGUAGGAAGACCAAUCAUCUGCCAGCCUCAAGGUCAUUUCUAUUCUUCUGAGAAGCGAGAAGGAAAAGGUUCCUGUGUUGGAGAAACAAAAUUUCCAUCAAGAUUUUAAGAAAGGAUCGCAUCAAACCCAUUAAUUGAUUUGAAGGGCAAAAAGAUCUAAGAAUCAGAUGGAAUCACCAGCAGUAAAUUCAGUUAGCACUUCUUUUAUUCAUGAAUUUCUGCUUCUAAAAUUCCUCAAGACCUAGAGACGGCUAACUAAUUUUAUUUAUUUUAUAUUUAAAAAAAAAAAUCCAGUCAUUUUUAAGCUUCAAUCAUGAAACCAGCCCUCUCAUAAAGCUGGUGCUGACAUGGCUCAGAGUGACCUUAGAGGAGCCACAGGCAGUAAAAACUACGGAGUCACAAGUGCUUGUACAUCAUCAAUAUCACUCUUCAAAAACAUGUUUCUUAAUGGCAGUUUGUCCUUGUUUCCACACAAUUUCCCAACUGACCACUGAGUCAAUCAACUUAAAUCACUUCUUUUAUUAUUCUUUUUUUUUUUGGUCUUAGAGAAACCUUGAAAAACAUCUUGCAGGCAAUUUGCAGGUCAGACUUUGAAGAGAAAUCAGAAAACUUUUACAAGCUGAAAGCAGAUACUAUGAAGAAUCCCAAUGACUGACCAUGCUACAACAAACAAACACGCUCUCAGCAGGUGAUACAAAUCCAUGAUGCUCUCUGGCCUACUGUGUAUUCUGCAGACAACCUCAGAUUGAUUUGUGAUCCCAUGGAUUAACUUUCAAGUUUUUUUUUCUUUUUUUCCUUUUUUUUUCUGGAAAGCCUUUUAAAGAUUUUUCAGGUGUUUCUGGAAUAUAACCACAGCUGAAAAAGACCAUUUGAGGCUUUUUUUCUACCCAGCUAAACAUAAAGAUAUUUUUUUGAAGUCAAGAUGGCAUUUUUUGGGACCAGUCUAGCUUGGACGCUUCUGGGCACACUCGGUCUUUUGUGUUGCUGUUACUUUAACAAGUGUGGAGCCUCAAGGACUAGUGGCACAAUCUCAGGACAAGACAAGCAGGAGGAAGGAGCCUCGUCACUUGAACGUGUAAAGAGAGGAUGGGUGUGGAACCAGUUUUUUGUGGUGGAGGAGUAUACAGGCACUGAGCCGCUCUAUGUUGGAAAGAUUCACACCGACUCCGACGAAGGUGAGGGCAACAUCAAGUACACCAUCUCUGGAGAGGGGGCUGGAUCCAUCUUCCUCAUUGAUGAGCUGACGGGAGACAUCCACGCCACGGAGAGGCUGGACCGAGAAGAGAAGGCUUUCUACACGCUGCGGGCUCAGGCCAGGGAUCGGCUAACCAACGACCCGCUGGAGCCGGAGUCGGAGUUCGUCAUCAAGGUCCAGGACAUCAACGACAGCGAGCCGCAGUUCUUGGAAGGCCCGUACAUCGGCAGCGUGGCUGAGCUCUCACCUAUAGGAACGUCUGUAAUGAAGGUUACGGCUUCAGACGCCGACGACCCCACCUAUGGCAGCAGUGCGAGAGUGGUGUACAGCGUGCUGGACGGGGAAAGGUUUUUCACCGUCGACAGGCAUACAGGAAUCAUCAUGACAGCAGUGGCAGAUUUGGACCGUGAGACACAGGAUCGUUAUGAGUUGGUCGUCAAGGCAACAGAUAUGGCAGGACAAAUGGGUGGUCUCUCCGGCUCCACUACGGUGACCAUAGUGAUCACAGACGUUAAUGACAACCCACCACGCUUCCCGCAGAAGAUGUACCAGUUUUCAGUGUCAGAGGGAGCUGCUGUAGGGACACCGGUUGGACGCGUCAUCGCAACAGAUGCAGAUAUGGGAGAGAACACAGACAUGAGUUAUCUGAUAAGAGAAGGAGGGGAUCUCUUCAAGGUUACUACCGACGUGGAGACGCAAGAGGCUGUUGUCUCCAUCAAGAAGCAACUGGACUUUGAGAGCAAAAGGACACACAAUGUUGUGGUCGAAGCCGUGAAUAAGCACGUCGACCCUCGCUUUGUUGACCUCGGCACUUUCCGAGACCAAACCAUCGUCCGCGUAAGCGUGUCAGACGUAGACGAGCCGCCCAUCUUUCAACCAGCAGACGGCACGACCAUGGAAGUCCAGGAGGAUGCCAAAGUCGGGGCGCUGGUUGGCGUCGUCACAGCCAGGGAUCCAGAUGUGAAGAAUAAACCCAUCAGAUUCUCCAUUGAUCGAACCACAGACCAGGAUAUGAUCUUCUACAUUGAUCCGGACUCAGGGGCCAUCACAUUAGGAAAAAUCCUGGACAGAGAGAUUGCAGGCUGGCACAAUAUCACAGUCAAGGCAGAGGAAACAGAUAACCACACAAUGGCAUCCUUCUCCCCUGUGAGCAUCCGGAUCCUGGAUGUGAACGACAACCCACCUGAACUCGCCACACCGUUUGAAGCCUCAAUAUGUGAAGAUGCCAAACCAGGCCAGUUGAUUCACACCAUCAGCGUGGUGGACAGAGAUGAACCACAAUCUGGACAUCGCUUUUUUUUCACUCUGGCGCCUGAAGCCUCCAGCAACCGUCACUUCACCUUGAGGGAUGUCAAAGACAACACAGCUGGCGUCCAUACCCAGAGGUCAGGCUUUAACCGCCACGAGCAGAAUGUUUACUUCCUGCCUAUUCUGGUGGUUGACAGCGGGUCUCCCUCCCUGAGCUCCACCGGCACCCUGACCAUCCACGUCUGUGGCUGCGACACAGAUGGGGCCAUCCAGUCCUGCAAUGCAACCGCCUAUGUAAUGAGUGCAGCUCUCAGCCCCGGGGCACUUAUAGCACUACUGGUGUGCAUGCUCAUCCUCAUAGUUCUCGUGUUGCUGAUUCUAACCCUGAAACGCCACCGGAAAGGCCAGAGAAUGACAGAGGAUGAAGAGGACAUGAGGGACAACGUCAUCAAAUACAACGAUGAGGGGGGAGGGGAGCAGGACACUCAGGCGUACGACAUGAGCGCUCUGAGGAACCUCUACGACUUCCCAGAGUCUAAAAGUGACUCUGGCCCCGACAUCCGCUCGCUGCCCCAGUGGCUACAAGCAAACAGAGCGGGUGGAGGUGCGGAUGGAGCCGCCGCCGCCGCAGCAGCAGCACCGGCGGACUUCUCUCUUUUUGAAAGCUACAUCAGAAAGAAGGUGGAGCAGGCCGACGCUGACCUGUCGGUGCCGCCAUAUGACUCUUUUCAGACAUAUGCCUUUGAGGGCACCAGUUCACCUGCACUUUCACUCAGUUCCAUCCACACGCUGUCCACCACCUCGGAGCAGGAUUUCUCCUACCUCAGCGACUGGGGGCCGCGGUUCAGGCAGCUGGCAGGCUACUAUGCUCCAGAACGCCCAGAGGAGGAAGGGUCCUAGCACAGCGUCUCCUUUGAUCAGAGACUGUUUAAAACUCCCUUUUGCUUCUACUUUUGUCCUUUAUAUUUCCCCUGGCACUCUUCGGAGAUCAUCAAAGCCAACACUGUGUCAAAGACAGAGCAUAGCACCUCUUUAUCGCUUUUUGGAAAUUCCGUCAUAGAUUUUUUAAAAACGUAAUUUUUUUCACUCCUUUUUUUUUUUUUUCUCACUUCAGUUUCAAAGUGUUACUUAUGUAAUGGUACGAAAAACUUUAUUUGUAUGAAAAAUCAAAAACUGCCAGAUGUGUUUUGUGGGAGUUUUAUGGGAGAAUCCAAACUUUUCUCUCAUCAAAGACAAUGUUUCCAGAGUUCAAGCUGGCUGAAGAACAUGUUCUUAUUUAACAGGAAGAUUCUUAUGUAUUUAUUUGCGUUCAUUAAUUUAUUUAUUUAAACAACAACCACUUUGGUGACUUUAAGUGUGGAACUGUGAAAAAGUGAAAAAAAAAGAAAAGCAGGAGGGCAUUACAAAAGUCUGCUGAAAGACAGGAUUGCAGUGUAGAGGACUACACAUAACCGCUACUGCAGAUGUGAAAUGUGGAUCCUAAAAAAAGAUUAAAAUUGAUAUUUGUAUUUGUUUUGUAUGGCCACUUUUUUCUAAUGAUUUGUGAGAAAAGCAAACAGAAACGGGAGGUAUAGCAGAAAUGGGAGCCGGGUUUGACAAAGCUGAGGCUGACAUACUUUUUGUUUGAUUUUGAUAAAAAGGGAAAGUUGAAGGUCACAAACUGCAGACUAUUGUGUGUUGACAAUGUCUUUUUUUUACCCCUCCAUCGCCAUUUUGAAGGCAAUAAGGCACAAACCGCAACAGUGAUUUAAGAUGAACAAAAUGACUCUUAUUGAGUUGGCGCAUGGCCAGCUUCCUGCCACUGGGAACCGGUAUAUAUUCCAGAUUUCUUGUGUGAAUGUGUACAAUGUGUUCAUUUUAAAUCUUGCGAUGUCUGAUUUUGCAUUUGAUGAAAUAUUUCCUUUGGGGGAAGGGAGGGAGAGACGAGUUCCAGCAGACGGGUUGUGUCUAAUUUAGGAGAUGUUUUACAGGGUAACACAUCUUUAGCCCUGUAGCCUCCAACCUGGUAUUGCAACCUAUUCAUGUUGACCUUAACCUGCAAGUGUAUACAGAAAAAUACUAUUGAAAUUUUACAAAAUAAAUAUAAUUUUGUUUUUGUAAA